AUGAAUAGCAGGCUGCAUCUGUUGGCUGUGCCCUUGCUCAGCCUGUUCAUGGGCUAUGUAGCAAGCCUAGAAGAGGAUUGUGUCGACUUCCAAGGAAACUCGGUCGCACACGGUCUACUCUACGUACCUGGACCGGGGGUGUGCAGCUUGUGUGUGUGCUACCACUCUGAGCCGCUAUGGUGCAAAGCAAUAUACUGUGAUCCACCCUAUUUCUGUAAAAAAUUUCGUGUAGGUGAACGAUGCUGUGAAUUUGAAUGUCUAGAUCCACCCGGUGAGGACGACAUGUAUCAGGAGCGACUCCGGAAGCGGGCAGAGAUUCUCGCCGGGAAUGGAGCCAACCAACUAUCACGAUCCGGCUACUGGUUCUGGUCACCGGUGAGCAGAGCAACGGCCGCCGGUCUACUACUGCUAGCGUUAGUGCAGAGCGUUACGCAAAGGUUGCUUCUGCUGCCGUCAUAGCUUUGCUGAGGGUACAGCACGCCGUUAUGCUCGUUUCUUCGUUCGCCGUCGUAACACCUUGUGCGGUUCGCAUUCGCACGAAGAGCCGCCCGCGGGUACGUAUCGGGAACUACCGGUGUAGCGGAACAAACGGAGCGUUAUAGAAUAUUUAAAAAAAACUGGAAUCAAACCUAAAGUUCUAAAGUAAUGCCGAGGAUGGCUUCGGUCAGUUGCGCAUUACAUAAUGGUAAGGGAACACAAAACGCUAAGGGUGGAAAAUAAAAACGAUGCUACAUUUCUAAAACUAAUGUCUUUAAUACAAAACACUGCAGUAAAACAAACUGUAAUACCGUGAUUAUUAGCCGCUACUAAAGAUGCAACAAUGAGAGUAAACAAAGCAACC